AUGGCGCCGCCGCCACUCAUAGUGGCUCCAUCACCACUCCCGCGAGCCAGUCGUUUCCAGUUGUAUUUUUGUGUUUUUGGGCUUAAUCGACCCUGGAUUGAACUAGUGGAUCGUAUCGACGAUAUGAAGAACUUCCGUGUUUUGACUAAGUUCAAAUUCCGAUCACACAAACUGCAAGACGACAGACGAGUGCUAGACAUUCCGUUUUUACAAGUUAAGCAACCUGGAAUAUAUUGUUCUGUACAUUCCCAUCCGCUUCUUAAGGCGUCUCGUGCUUUGGUUAAGCUCUAUGCUAUUGCUGGAAUGUUUUUUCCGAGCCCCGGAUAUAUUCUCCUGAUUGUGUUUGCGUGCAUUUGGGUUUCCAAGUGCUUCGACGCGUUUGCUUAUACAGUUGUGAUUCGUGGCUUCUGUAACGAGAUGAAACUGAAAGAGGCUGAGAGUGUCGUUCAUCAAAUGGAAAAUCAAGGCUUUACUCCAGAUGUGCAUGUGUAUUUUUGUUUGAUAUCUACAUACUGCAUGGCUCUGGCUCUUCAUCAUCCAAUGGUGUCAAAACAAACUCUAUUAUUCUUCACGGCAUGUCUCAGCUGGGCUAAUCAAUUUAAAGAAUCCAAGCAGAUCAUGGGGGUUUUGUUUGAUAAGGCCUGCUACAAUGUCGCAUUGUGCAAGUUGGGGAAAGUGGAAGAAGCUGCGGAAUUGCUUGUUCAAAUGAAGCACGAGCAGAUGCUUCCAAAUUUCAUCAACUACACUGCUUUAAUCAGUGGAUACUUCCUUAAAGGUGCCUUGAAUAUAUUCAAAGAAAUGAAUCUAGAAAUGGAGGUCCUUCACAUCUUAAAUCACAUGGAGAAUCACAGCGUUAGACCUGACACUGUCACGCAUAAAAUGAUUAUUGAAGGCUUAUGUGCAGGAGGCAAGGUAGAGGAUGCAGAAGCCACAACAUACAAGGAGAGAAGCUGUAUAUGGCCAUGUUUGAUGGUUAUUUUCAUUAGGCUGUCUUCUGAGCAGCAGCAGGGAAACAUGGUGAAGGAAUCUUCUUGCUCAAAAUUACUUGGAAACCUGUGUUUGGAAGGUGAGAUUGAGAAAGCUGUGUGGGUGCUUAAGACAAUGUCGGCUCUGAAAAUGAAUCCUUCCAUAAUCAUGUAAAGUAAAGCCAUUGGUGCGUGUUUCCGGGCAGGAGAAGUGAAGAAAGUGGAGUAUGUUUUCAGCCUUGUUGUAACUCCUGAUCUCAUAACAUACACAACAAUGACAUAUGGAUUUUGCAGAAUGAAUCGCAUGAGGGAAGCAUAUCGUGUUUUGGGUGAAAUGAGGAUUAAACCUGAUGCUGUAAUUGACGCACACUGCAAAACAAAUAACGACGUUCAGGAUGCUUUACAUGUUUUGAAUGAAAUGAUCGGUACAGGACUGGAUCCUGAUAUUGUCACAUAUACAGCUCUUUUAUGUGGAUACUCUGAUGUGGGAGAUGUACAAAUGGCUCAAAUCCUUAGUCAUGAGAUUAUGUCAUACUCGACCAUUGUAUUUUAAAGGCUAGCACUGGGAAGGUGCAAUUUCUAAGGCAAGUCUUGUGGUGAAAUAUCAGCUGACUGAAUGAUUCAGUUUCAAAAUGUCCCUAUAGAACAGAGAAAUGUGUUUAUGCAUAACCUCAUAUCUUUCUCU